AGAGGAGGUCACUGAACAGACUCCUUUCAAUCAUGGACAACCCAGAGCAAAGCCUUGUCUUCCACAAUGGCCGGAACCCAAGUCAUGCACCACUUUAGGGACCGUACAAAAAUUGUUGGGGAUCUGAGCGAAAGAAACUGCUCUUUAGAGAUCGACGACAUCAAACCCUCUGACAACGGACCUUUCUGUUUUCAUGCAGAGAGAGGGAAUGAGAAGUACACGUUCAACAACAGCUGUGUAUUUAUUGUCAUGAAAGCUUCCCCAGAAAAACCAGAGAUUACCGGAGUUCAAGCUGAAGUGGAUGCUGGUUCAGCUUUGACUGUCUCAUGCUCUGUUACACACACAUGUCCAUCACAUUCCCCAGAGUUUUCAUGGAGCGUCCCCCACAUCUCUAGUGCGGUCUCAGAUUCCUUGAUUUCAGGAGGCAUCUGGUAAACUACGUCUAUCAUCAACUUCAUAGUUGCUCCAGGGGAUGGGGUGAAAAAUCUAACCUGCACUGCCUCCUUCUGGGGGGAAAAGAAAGGAGUCACCACAGUCACUUUAACUGUUACAGGAACUUUUAAGUACAAAAUGAGAACCAUUGCACCAGCGGUCCUUCCAGUGACACUGUUACUGCUCAUACUUGUUGCAGUUUUGGGGGUGUUUAUCUACAGGAAAAGGUAUCAAUUGUUCAUGAAAUUAGGAUUUACAUAUGAGGUUGUUUGACAAACUUCAGUAGUUUAGCAGCUGAAAGUAGAUUAUGUUGACAACGCUAUUUUUCUGAUCAACAGAAAGGAGGCUGAAAAACCAACCGAGACUACACCUCAACCUGAAAAAAGGCACAGAGUCAAACCUUUAUCUUUUUCUGUACUUAAGCCACUAUUCAUAAGGCAGAAGGCCUGCGUUUAGCUAAAACAAUUUUAAAUUCUUAAAAGGCUGCAUGAGGUUUAUGGAGGGAUAGAGCAAAAAUGGUUGGUUUGAUUGGUUAUGAUAAUUAAUGAACUGUGAAACUUAAAGUAGUGCUAUAUACAGGUGAAUGACAUGAGCAUAAUCAAUGACAAGAAUGAUAAGUGGAUGAGGGAGCCAGAUAACCAGGACUGAAGUUCCCCAAAUAUCAAAUGUCAUCCUAUUGUGGGAUGAAUAACGUAUGAUUUUAUCUUAAAAAAUGUGACAAUUUAAGAUAAAAUCAAAAAAUAUCUUUAUCAAAAUGUCCAGAAGAAAUUUACCAGAAGACAGAGAGAAACCUCCAAGGCCAGAAAAACUGUGUUUUUUAGAAACUGAUGAUAGUCCAAAUUGGACCAUGAUUCAUUUAAACUAAUAUUCAUUCUGAUGUUUCUUUUAUAGGGGAUCAAUAUGGAGCCGGUUAUCACGAUAGGGAUGCCAUAAAAAACAGCCAUCCAAAUCCAAUUUUGUAUUACUGUGCAAAGACAUUACAGAGGCAGAGACUAGGUCAAAAACUAGAAAUCCAGAAACAACAGUAGUACGGUAGUCAUGCAGAGCUCCAAGCCACUCUACUCAUACCCUAAAAAUUAACCUGCAAAACAUCUCAUUGCAACAGCUGUGGUGAUCUCUAUUUGUGGUGGUUUCCUGUUUUGAACAUUGUUCCUCUGGAAGAACGUGUAUAUUGCAACAUGUGUGGUCCUACACCCCCAAAGCAGCUGAUAUAUUUUUUAG